CCGGAUGUGAGUGGAGCGGCCAUUUCCUGUUUCUCUGCAGUUUUCCCCAGCUUUGGGUGGUGGCUGCUGCUGCGCUUCGCCUUCCCGUGCGCUGAGGGCCCGGCGGCGUGGACAGCAGUCCCGGCACUCGGCGCCCCGCCGCCCGCAGCCUCGCCCAGCGCUUCCCGAGCCCGCCGCUUCGCGCCUCAGCCACCGGCCGCCGCCGCCGCCGCCGCGGCCCACCGAGCGGCCCAGAUGCAGGCCAUCAAGUGUGUGGUGGUGGGAGACGGAGCUGUUGGUAAAACCUGCCUGCUCAUCAGUUACACGACCAAUGCAUUUCCUGGAGAGUACAUCCCCACCGUCUUUGACAACUAUUCUGCCAAUGUUAUGGUAGAUGGAAAACCAGUGAAUCUGGGCCUAUGGGACACAGCUGGACAAGAAGAUUAUGACAGAUUGCGUCCCCUCUCCUACCCGCAGACAGUUGGAGACACAUGUGGUAAAGAUAGACCCUCCAGGGGCAAAGACAAGCCGAUUGCCGACGUGUUCUUAAUUUGCUUUUCCCUUGUGAGUCCUGCAUCAUUUGAAAAUGUCCGUGCAAAGUGGUAUCCUGAAGUGCGACACCACUGUCCCAAUACUCCUAUCAUCCUCGUGGGGACGAAGCUUGAUCUUAGGGAUGAUAAGGACACCAUUGAGAAGCUGAAGGAGAAGAAGCUGACUCCCAUCACCUACCCGCAGGGGCUGGCCAUGGCGAAAGAGAUCGGUGCUGUCAAAUACCUGGAGUGCUCAGCUCUCACACAGCGAGGACUCAAGACAGUGUUUGACGAAGCUAUCCGAGCGGUUCUCUGUCCCCCUCCUGUCAAGAAGAGGAAGAGAAAAUGCCUGCUGUUGUAAAUGUCGGAGCCCCUCGUUCUCGGUCCUGCCUGGAACCUUUGUACGCUUUGCUCAAAAAUCAGCGAGCCUUCGCAUUUGAUGCCAAGUUUUUGUUACAGAUUAAUUUUUCCAUAAAACCAUUUUGAACCAAUGAACCAGUCAAUAAUUUUAAGGUUCUGUUUUAAAUGUAAGAAUUCCAACUUACAGUCUAUUAAAAUUCAGCCCUAAAAUGACAAAGCCUUCUUAAAGCCUUAUUUUUAAAAUCCCCCAUUCUUGCUCAGAUUAAAAAUUGCCAAAAUACCUUCUGAACUAAGUUGCGUUGUGCUGAGAACACCUAAGCACUAAACUCUCUUGAGAGACUUCUGUUGCUAAGAAGACCGCAGCUUCUGGAGCCAGGGGUGCAGACCCUUCCAGAGUUCCCAGACCGUGUGACACAGCACAGCCUCCUUAAUGACACGUUGCCAUGUAACGCACCUGUAACUUAUCAGCCCAUGUUCAUUACGUAACUUUGUACUGUACGUCACAGUGAUGAGUGUGACAGCUCAGCUCUUUGAUUUCAUAGUGAGUUUUCUAAAAGACCAGCCGACUAGCUUUUGCAGACUUUGAACAGAACUCUGGUUCCUGUGUUGCCUCUAAUGAAGUAUUCUGUUCCUAGUUGUGGGUGUGCUGGGUGGAGUGUGAAACACGACAUGAUCAAAGGAGACAGACAGUAUUUUGACUAAUAUGAAGUAGAGAUUACUUUACACUACAUUGUACAUGGAGUAAUUCAACUGAAUAAAAGUGUCACGGGUAAAGCUUUUUAACGGUUAAUUUCUGUCAAACAGUAGGUGACAAAUGGCCGAUCUUAUCAGUGUCUCUUGAGCAUCCCUUCGCGCCCCCCACCCUCCACUGCCGUCCCUCCCCAGAUGGGGCGUUGAGUCCAUAUUUAAACUGGCCACCCUCACAGUUCUAACUUAGCAAGUGCUUUUCUUUAGAACCCCUUCUUAACGAGCAAUAUGUCUGACCUGUACUAUAAGAUCUUUCUGAUAACGCAGAGAUUUUUUGUUUUUUUUUGGUAGCUCAGUAGAAGUGCGUCCUGUUUUCGCCUUACUUUACUCAGAGCUAGUUAGUGCUUCCUUAGUUUCCUAGCAACUAGGUGUGCAAAUCAUGUGUUGCAGCUUUACGGUUUUUAAACUAUUUUAGAUAUUCUUAAACUAUGAACCUUCUAAACAGUACCAACACUGUCAUGUGACUAAUGCUGCCUCUAGACCUCGCCCACGUGGACAGACGCUUCCUGUCAUGGCUCUGCCUAGAGAUGUUCCUUGGGGUCUGUGAGGUUCUGUCAACUGCUAGUGCUAACGCUGUCCUGUACAACCUAACUCACUGGCAAGAAUGCAGUGUUGGGCCUUUCAACCACUAGAACAAACUUUUUUCAAUUGACAGUUGCAGAAUUGUGGAGUGUUUUUACAUUGAUCUUUUGCUAAUGCAGUUAGCAGUAUGUUUUGCAUGUAUGAAUUAAUAAAUCCUUGAAUCAUA